CGGAGGAGCGGAGGGUUUUAGCGGAGCAGUCGUUCGCUUUGGAGGUUCGGCGUUAGACGUGUUUUUUCGUCCCGUGUUGAGAUGUGAAUGUGAGCCGCUCUGCUCAAAGGCUGGCCAUGUCAAGAGGAAUGAGAUCAUGACUUUACUCAAUGAGUCCAAUGAGAACUCCCCUCUCACCUUUUCUCCCUCCCCUGUUCAUCAUAAUUUCUCCCUCUUUAUCACCCAUGAGCCCCCUUCCUCCCCGGUGUCCUUCCCCACCACCACCUCCCCUAACUGUACCGGUUCUGCAUCAGCUUCCUCUCCACCUUACAACUUCUACGCUGUGCUGCUGGUGCUCCUGAUAUUCUGCGUGGUGUUCGGUAACAUGCUGGUGUGUGUGGCAGUGUCGCGGGAACGAGCUCUGCAGACCACAACCAACUACCUCAUCGUUUCCCUGGCUGUAUCUGACCUGCUGCUGGCCAUAUUGGUUAUGCCCUGGGGUGUCUACCUGGAGGUGGUGGGAGAAUGGCACUUCAGUCUUAUCCACUGUGAUAUUCUGCUGACACUGGAUGUCAUGAUGUGCACUGCCAGCAUCCUCAACCUCUGUGCCAUCAGCAUCGACAGGUAUACCACUGCAGUGGCUAUGCCAUUACUCUACAACACCAGAUACAGCUCGAGGCGGGUGGCUGUGAGAUCGCUGUGGUGUGGGUUCCUCUCCUUUGCCAUCUCCUGUCCGAUACUUUUCUAACAGACCUCGUACAGCAGCCGAGAAGGCACCACGUGCAGCUUUGCUGAUCCAGCCUUUGUUGUGUACUCCUCUGUGGCCUCCUUCUAUGUUCCCUUCAUUGUAACCUUACUGGUGUACGCACAGAUCUGUGUGGUGCUGCGCAAACGAGGACGACGCGCCGUCCCACCACGGAGACACGGUCUACAAUCACAGAAUGUGGCUGAAGCAGGAGAAGGUCAUCGACAUAGGAAGAAUAAGUGCACACAGCCGGGAUGUAAGCUAUGCACUGUGAUCCUGAGGCCUGCCGCUGGCCCCCAGCGUAAGAAAGUGACACUGGUGAAGGAGGCAGUAGUUCAUCCCCUCGAAGUGGAACCGGGUCAGUUCCUGCCACAAAGUGAACAGAGUUUACCUCCUCUUGCUGCUCCUCAAAACACCGCCCACUCAGGCCGGGCCAAGAUCUCAUUGUCCAUUUCAGUUGGACCUGCGCCUGGUAUUCCCUCAACUAUCACACGCUCGGCCCUGACACCUCGACCUCCAACCCUUGAGGAUGGCAUGAGGGGCUGUGAGGGAUGGAGAGAGCGUAGCGGAGGACAAGAGAAACUGGGCAUCAUCAAAGAGAGAGUGAGAGGGAGGCUUUCACAGCAGAAGGAGAGGAAGGCAACGCAGAUGCUCGCCAUUGUGCUCGGUGUGUUCAUCAUCUGCUGGCUGCCGUUCUUCCUGACCCACGUGCUGAAGGCCCACUGCAGGAGCUGCUGCGUCUCACCCUCGCUGUACAGCACUGUCACCUGGCUGGGGUACCUCAACAGCGCUGUCAACCCCGUCAUCUAUACCACCUUCAACAUCGAGUUUCGCAAAGCCUUCCUCAAGAUCCUGCACUGCUGAGGAAAGAGAUGGCAGCUGUCACAGACAAAGAAUGAUGUGGUUUGAAAACAGAAGUGUUGGAAGAGAAAGAGCAAACUCAGAGGAGCAGGAAGGUUGGACGAUAGACAAGCUACGAGCUUGUAAACAAAAAUGGGGAACAGAGAGGGAAGGGAAACAGGCAAAUACAGUAGAUGAUCAAAAACAACAGCAACAAAAAUAGACCCAGAAUGUUUAAAAUGAGACAAGCUGUAGAUAAUUAUGGCAGACAUGCUUUGUGUUGUGUGCAUACACAAGGAAGCUCCGAGCAUCACUCAAAGCCACUAAUGUUGAGCCGUGCUCACUCAGACGCAGCUUUUCCAAUUAAGCAAAACAUUUUAGAUGUGUCAGUCUCCUGCUGGUGUAAUACAGUUUCAUCUUAACAAACAUCUUGUAUUUGUUUGCAUGUACAGUAUGUGUCUUUCUCUAAGGGCUUGAUUAAGCCAAGGCAAAGAACAAUAAGAACUUUGAAUCAAGACGGCAGCCCAAGAAUUUUUAUUUGCAUGCCCAAAGCGUCAUCAUUUUUCACAGUCUUUGACAGCCCACUUAAAUUCCAGCAAGGGCCAAGUAUUGAUUUAGUGAUUAAGUCUACGCAGAAGAGAAAAACACUGAAGAGCCCCUUCAUCCUUGUGUGUAAAAUGAAAUUAACUUUUUAAUAUUGUAAGGUACCAUGUUAAUGCUUCAGAAGAGUAAGUCUGGUUACUGUACCGACAACCGGUAAUAACAACAAUAAAUGUUUUAUUUCAUGCUUA